AUUAUCCAUCCUUUCAACUCAACUCAACAAUAACAACAGACUCGAUCCAAAUAUUCGCGAAAAACAGACGCAGGUAAUAUUGCUACAGAGAACUGGAACCACAACGCGCUUGCAAACAUGGGUUACUAUGAUACUCAAAAUAUCGUGGGGAUCGUAUACACUGUUGUGAGCGCUCUAGCUGCUGUCGCAGGCUCCGUGUUCUUCAUUCUCCUUCUCCGAAAGACAUCAAAAAGCUAUCAUGACCCCACUCGCCGAUGGGUGGCCAUCACCAAAGCAGCCCUGGGGCUAUGGCUAUUUUCCGAAAUCUUCUACGUCAUUCUCAACAUCAUCUCUCUCGCACAUGGAAGCACAUAUUCGUACGACUCCACAUUGGCCAAAUUUAUCACAUACACCUCGAAUAUCCUCUCUUGGUUCUUCGAAGUCAGCCAGGCCUUGACUUUCCUGGCACUCUUCUACCUCGCCCGCGCAUUCACCCUCCUCCGCGUCGACGAGACGUCAAAACGCUUCCGGAUUGGGAAGUUAUUCUCUCUCGGCGCCGUCAUCUUGAUCUCGGUGCUCAGCUUCACAUCAAUGUGCCUCUGGCUGAGUACCAGAGAGGGUUACUAUUCUUGGAGCUAUAAUAGCAGCGAUUACGAGAGGGUGAUGAUGAGGAGACUGGUAGCUCAGAUUUUCGAUCUCAUUUGUGGCAUCUUCAACCUCUUGUGCGCUAUCGGUGCUAUCACGUACAUUGCCCUGGUCCGCAAGAACGCCCUCAAGGGUCCUCUACACAAGGCCUCGAACAUUGCGCUUGCAAUCAGCAUUGUUUGGUUUGUCCGUGCAGUCUGGUCGCUCUUUGCUCAGCUUUCCUCGCAAUACGGGUACUACUACUACAACUACGACACUUACACUUGGUUCAACAUUGUCUCGCUAGUCGUCGGUAUCUUGGGCAGCUUCGCCGUUUUCGUCAUGCUCUACUUCCUGGCCACUCAGGAUAAGUACGGCCUCAAUACCCGUGGGGACUCAGUGCAGCCUGCGAAGCUGAAUGAUGAAGAGGCAUCAGGAGCCCAUACCAACACUGCCAACAGCGUAUAUUGAUUCGGUCGAGACCAAUCGGAGGGUCGGCAACAAGUGAAAGGUUUACCUGAAGAUCUCCGUUCUUGCAGAUAGAGCCUAGGGGGUGUGAUGGUUACGCCUAGUUUGGUUGGGAGUUGGGGACGAGCGAGGAACAGCAUGAUACCAGAUAAUGCGUGAUGAUACUCAACGCUUCUAACUUACGAAUAUACGGCAUCUAAUACA